AUGUCUUCACCUGCUGGUAGCGUCCGCCAGCGCCCAGGCAAGGACAAAAAACGAGGAGCCUCACCAAACCCAGAAGCUCUUGCCGAAAAGGUGUCGGAGAAGGUCGCCAAUGUUGUCGAGAAGGCCAAACCAUACAAGCCGGCCCAAAUCCAGCAGGGCAAAGAGUGGGAUUACAAGCUCGCCAUCGCAGUAAUGACUGCUCUGGCCUUUGUCACGCGCUUCUGGGGCAUCAGACAUCCCGAUCAGGUUGUGUUUGAUGAAGUGCACUUUGGAAAGUUCGCUUCGUACUACCUGCAACGAACCUACUUCUUCGAUGUCCAUCCUCCUCUCGGAAAGCUCCUCUUUGCCCUCGCUGGCUGGCUCGUCGGAUACAAGGGUGACUUCCUGUUCGAGAACAUUGGCGAUUCCUACAUCACCAACAAGGUCCCCUACGUCGCAUACCGCGCCAUGCCCGCCUCGCUCGGUGCUCUCACUGUUCCCAUUGUCUUCAUGAUCAUGUGGGAAUCCGGCUAUUCGCUACCCGCCUGCAUCACUGCCGCCGGUCUUAUGCUUCUUGACAACGCCCACAUUGGUCAGACGCGUCUGAUCCUCCUCGAUGCUUCGCUCAUUUUCUUCAUGGCGCUCUCUGUGCUUUCUUACAUUCGCUUCUACAAAGAGCGACACGUUCCUUUUGGACGGAAAUGGUGGAAGUGGCUCCUUCUGACUGGCAUCAGCCUGAGCUGCGUCAUCUCCAUCAAGUACGUUGGUGUCUUCACUUUCUUCUCUAUUGGUGUACCGGUCAUGAUUGACCUUUGGGACUUGAUGGAUGUCAACCGACGACAGGGAGCCUUGACUCUGGCCGAGUUUGGCAAACACUUCGCCGCCCGUGCUGUUGGCUUGGUCAUCGUUCCCUUCUUCCUAUACCUUUUCUGGUUCCAGGUGCAUUUCGCUAUUCUCACUCGAUCUGGACCUGGUGACGACUUCAUGACCCCGGAAUUCCAGGAAACUCUAAGCGACAAUGUAAUGAGCCUCCAGUCUGUUGGCAUCAACUACUACGAUUCCAUCACCAUUCGCCACAAGGAGACCAAGGUCUAUCUUCACAGCCAUCCUGACCGCUACCCGCUGCGCUACGACGAUGGACGUGUCUCUUCGCAGGGACAGCAGGUUACAGGGUAUCCUCACAAUGACACCAACAACCACUGGCAGGUCCUUCCUUCAAAGCCCUUGUCAAGCGAAGUCGGUCAACGCGUCAAGGUCGGAGACACCAUCCGUCUUCGCCAUUUGAUCACAGACACCAUUCUCCUGACACAUGAUGUUGCUUCUCCUUACUAUCCCACCAACCAAGAGUUCACGACUGUGAACAAGGAAGAAGCAGCUGGUACACGUUACAACGACACUCUCUUCGAGCUGAAGGUCGACAAGGGCAAGGGCGAUUUCAAGACCAUGUCAACUCAUUUCAAGCUAGUUCACGUGCCAACAAAGGUUGCCAUGUGGACCCACACUAAGCCUCUCCCUGACUGGGCAUACAAGCAGGCUGAGAUUAAUGGCAACAAGGCUGUCCAACAAUCCAGCAAUCUCUGGUAUGUGGAUGACAUUCCAUCCCUUCCUGCUGAGGACGAGCGCAACAAGAAGGAGCCCAAGCAGGUCAAGCACUUGAGCUUCCUCAGGAAGUGGGUUGAGCUUCAGCGCGCCAUGUUCCACCACAACAACGCCUUGACUAGCUCGCAUCCAUAUGCAUCUCAACCCAUUUCCUGGCCUUUCCUGCUUCGCGGUGUAUCUUUCUGGACCCACAACGAUACUCGCCAACAGAUUUACUUCCUAGGUAACCCUAUUGGAUGGUGGCUUGCUUCCUCGCUCCUCGCGGUCUUUGCUGGUAUCAUUGGUGCCGAUCAACUAGCUCUCCGCCGUGGCAUGGAUGCCCUUGAUGAUCGCACUCGCUCUCGUCUUUACAACUCCACUGGAUUCUUCUUCCUUACCUGGGCUGCCCAUUACAUUCCCUUUUAUAUCAUGGGUCGUCAGCUCUUCUUGCACCACUACCUCCCUGCACAUCUCGCAUCUUGUCUAGUCACUGGCGCGUUAGUAGAAUUUGUAUUCUGCAUUGAACCUCAGGAUCCCGAGAUGCCGGCCUCUGCCAAGGGUCACCGCCGCACUCGCUCACGUCCUGUUCGCGAACGUGUUGCUACUUCCAGCCUGGCGGGCAGCUGGAUCGCCUGUGGCGUCAUCCUUGCUGCCGUCUUCUGGUGCUUCCUCUUCUUUGCACCGCUCACGUACGGUAGCCCGGGUCUUACUGUUCCCCAAGUUCAGUCAAGGAAGUGGCUCGGCUACGACUUGCACUUUGCUAAAUAG